AUGGCUACGCACGAAAAUGUCGUCCACGAGUCGGCAAGUAUCAGUGAAACCAACAUGAACACUACCGAGUUCCGAGCACUCAUCGCUCAGGCACAAGCAAGUGCCGACCUCGACUCNAAAUUGACUGUCAUGCAAGCUCUCAAGAAGCAUAAGAAAGCCGUCUUCUGGGCAAUGAUCCUCUCCACCAGUUUGAUCAUGGAGGGUUAUGAUCUUGUCAUUUUCCAGAAGAGAUUCGGUGACAAGAUUGGCCCUGAAAAGUGGGCUAUCUCGGCUUCCUGGCAGUCUGGGUUGUCAAAUUCGGCCGUCGUCGGCCAGUUGAUCGGCCUGGUCUUGAACACGGAGUUCCAAGAUCGCUUCGGUUCUCGUAAAACCAUGAUGUUCUUUAUGGUCUGGUUGGUUGGCGCUAUCUUCAUCCCAUUUCUCGCUCCUUCAUUGCCUGUCCUUGCAGUCGGAGAAGCUCUUUGUGGCAUCCCUUGGGGUGUCUUCCAGACUCUGUCCACAUCAUACGCUUCCGAGGUCGUUCCAACCAUACUCCGACCCUACGUGACCGCCUACGUCUGUAUGUGCUGGGGUGCAGGCAUCCUCCUCUCGUCUGGGGUUGCUCGUGCUGCGAUCACGCUCAACGGAGAUGUUGCUUGGCGUCUUCCGUUUGCUCUUCAGUGGAUAUGGCCAGUACCUCUGUUUGUCCUGGCAUAUCUUGCUCCAGAGUCUCCUUGGAACGCUGUUCGUCGUAACAAGCUCGACCUUGCCAGAAAGAGUCUGCAGCGUCUAAUUGAUCAAGGCUCUGAUCAUGACCACGAGGUGGAAUGUAAUUUGGCAUACAUAAUCUACACCAAUGAGCAAGAGCAACUCGAGACCGAGGGUGCCAAACUCAUUGAUUGUUUCCGUGGCAUAAACCUUCGCCGUACUGAGAUUGUGAGGUUGGCUUCCCUAGCGACUGUACAUUUGCUGACAUGUUCUAGNAACUGCGUCGUCUGGGCUGCUCAGAUUCUAUGUGGUAAUGCAAUUCUCGGCUACAGUGUCGUUUUUCUUGAAGCUGCAGGUUUCUCUCCUGUUGCGGCACUCGACCUCAACAUUGCACUAUCAGCUUGCUACAUUCUUGGUGGAAUCAUCUGUUGGUUUCUGUUUCCACGCCUUGGCAGAGCAACUAUCUACAUGAGUGGAUUGACAUUCAUGUUCUUUUGUCUUGUCGCAAUCGGCGGUCUUGGCUUCAGUACCAGCAAGCAUGCUGAACUUGCAAUCGGCAUUCUGCUCAUCAUCUCCACUCUGGCCAAUAUGAUCACCAUUGGCCCAGUCUGCUACCCGAUUGUAGCUGAGACACCCUCUGGUCGCCUCCGCUACAAGACCAUCACCAUUGGAAGAUUCGUCUACAACCUGACAGCAUGGAACUGGGGCGCCAGAGCGGGGCUCUUCUAUGCUGGCACCAAUCUGCUCUGCACUAUUUGGUGCUGGUUCCGUUUGCCAGAAACCAAGGAUCGCAGCUUCGGCGAAAUUGACACAUUGUUCGAACACAAGGUUCCAGCCAGGAAAUUCAGGACUACGAGAGCUGACCAAUUUGCUACUGACCAAAUUGUCUUGGAUAUCAAGGAGAAGGAGAUGGCUUCGCAUGUGGAGUGCUUGUGA